GGUGAAAUUUGUAGAACCCGAGAGACGGAGAGAUCGCCUAAAUCCAAAAAUCCAAACCCGGGUUAGGGAUGGAUGACCCUGCCAGCCCGACCGGACAACCCGCAGAGCUCUGCAACGGGUUCCUGAUUCGCCGUCUCUCUCCAAUGUCACACGGCCAACAACGUCAAGCUCCAGGCUCCAGCACAGCACAGAUCCUAUCAUCUCUCCCCCCGUCCCUCUCUCUCUCUCUGCUGCAAAGCUUUUCUUUCUUUCCUUUUGGUAUUUUUCUUCUAUGUACAGCAGCUCUGCCCUUUUUGGUCUUUUCGGACUCGCCCAUCACAGAUCGGACGGCCCACGCCCAUCCACGUCCCCGGUCGUCUUCUUCGUUACUUCGCUCGUAUAUAAACCGCCUCGUCACCCUCUUUCUCUCUCCUAUCCCCCUUCCUCUUCGUCUUCUUCUUCUUCUUCUUCUUCUAGGGUUUCCAGGGACCCCUAAUUAACAAGCACAGGGCCUCUCCCUUUCUCCAUCCACUCUCAUUGUUCUUCUCUUUCCGCCGCUUUUCGAUCCUCGCCUGUCUCCCUGAAUUCCGAGCCUCGACUAUAAUCAAUCCGCGUUAAGUGUUGGAUGUGUAAUGAGAGGUGUUUAUCUUGUUCGUAUUGGUCUUUCUAGGGUUUCUGUUGGUUACUUUGGUGCGGCGGGGGAAUUUGAAAUUCGGGCAGUUGCUGCUGGUUUUGGUGUGUUUGGGUCGGGGUUAUGUUGAAUGGCGAUUGAAAAGAAUAGCUUUAAGGUUUCGAGGCUUGAUUCGGAGUUUUCGUCACGGAGUAAGGAGAGCAUGUCGAGCGAGGAUGACGAGCUUCAACGGCGGAGCUCGGCGGUCGAAUCUGAGGAUGAUGACGAUGACUUCGACGACUGUGAUUCUGGGGCUGGUUCCGAUGACUUUGAUUUGUUGGAACUGGGGGAAGUGGGGGAAGAAUUUUGUCAAGUGGGCGAUCAGACUUGCAGCAUCCCUUUUGAGUUGUAUGAUCUUCCUGGUUUGGGUGAUGUCUUGUCUAUGCAUGUCUGGAAUGAAUGCUUGACUGAGGAGGAGAGAUUUAGCCUCACAAAGUAUCUUCCCGAUAUGGACCAAGAGAUGUUCAUGCAGACCUUGAGAGAGCUUUUUACGGGCUCUAACCUCCACUUUGGAAAUCCUCUUGCCAUGCUCUUUGAUUUGUUGAAAGGAGGGCUGUGUGAGCCAAGGGUUGCUCUGUAUCGACAAGGUUUGAUAUCAUUCCAGAAGCGGCAACACUACCAUCUUCUGAGGAAGCACCAAAACUCGACCGUUAGCAGUCUUUAUCAGAUACGGGAUGCUUGGCUUAAUUGUAGAGGAUACAGCAUCGAAGAGAAGCUUCGUGUAUUAAAUAUAAUGAAAAGCCAGAAGAGUUUAAUGUAUGAAAAUAUGGAACAGUUGGAGUCCGAGUCCUCAGAAAGAGCUGAAUCAGGGGCAGGUUUGUGGAGUAAAAGGCUGAAGGAUCGGAAGCAUGGUCCGAAAGUGAGCCAUCCUUCUGUCUAUGGGGCAAAUCCAACAUUAGAUUUUCCAUCCCGGGGGAGGUCGAUGCCAUUAGAACAGACAAAACUUGGGAAGCAAAAUCCAAAAGGAACAUUGAAGAUGGCUGGGGCAAAGAUGGCUUCGGCCAAAGAAUUAGUUGGUUACUUUCCUUCUAUUCACCAUGGUACAGAAAUGAAGUCAGGCCUUUAUGGUUCACCAUUGCCAGGUCUUCCUAGAAAAAAUAAGUCAGCAGGGUAUGACUUGGGAGAAGCAGUCCGGAUGAGGGAUCAGAUGAGAGAUGAUGAUGAUUUUGAAGAAACAAUGUAUGAAUUAGCAGUCCAGAGAGGUCGGAAUAUUUCACGAGCAAGUGCGUUGGAGAAACAUGGGCCUUUUAAAAGGGGAAAGAAGCAUGAGGCUUUGAGAGGUGAUGAGUGUUCCACCAACAGUUUUAUGGGUUUGCCUGGGUCCUUAAAGAAUAAUUUACAUGCUUAUGGUAACAACAGAACUGUAAAUAAGUUGUCAGAUAUCAAAGUCUUAACUGCAAAACCUUCUAAUACAAGGAUUUCUCAUGAUUAUGGCAAAAAGGCCAAGUAUGCUGAGAACAUUCAGCGGUUUCCAGUUGAAGAUCAGACGAAGUAUGGGAAAAUCCAGGCUCAGAAUUUAUCACUGAAAGGAAGUAGGAAUGAGUUAUCAGAUGGAGGUGACCAAUUUUGGCCUAAGAAAGCACAAGUGGAAGCUCGCUCCACCGACUCCUUUGAAUAUGGUGACUGGACUGCUAAAAGCAAGAAAUGGAAGACUGAGAUGGAGUCUUCUGAUUUUAAAGUGAAUGAUAGGUUAGGUCGUUCAGAGGCCAGAGCAAAGCUACCUCAGAAGAAAGUCCGAGCAGUUUCUGUGCAGAAUGGAGUGCAAGAAAUGGCUGCACCGGGAAGCAGUGAAAGGCUUGCCAAAAGUGAGGAAACAGAAUCAGAUUCAUCUGAACCAUUUGAUGAGGAUGAGGAUGACAAUCCUUUGAUGAGGAGCAAGCUGGCCUAUCCCCGUGGGAUCAUGGAUGGUUCCUUCAUGAAAUCUGUUCCAGAGCCUAAAAAAGCUAAACUUAGUAAGAAAGUUAAAAAGGUGAGUACUCAGCCUCUAGAUGGAUUGUUACAUUCCUCAAGGAAGUUGGCUGAUCUUGGUGAAUAUCCUCAUACACCAGCAGUAGAAAACUAUUCUUCGAAGGGAAAGAAGAAAGGCAAGAUGCAGGGUAUUGCUCGUUUACAAAAUUCUACUGCUAAAGCAGUUGAAGACAGCUAUUUCUCUGUGUUAGGUGGGUUAAAUGGUGAUGGUGAGCAGAAACGAAGACACAAGUUGGGGAAGACUGGCCACUUGCAACAGGAAAUCAGUGAAGGAUUUCAGUUACCCUCCCUGAAGGCCCACCACAAGGAUAGAAGGCAGAAAGGGGAAUUUGAGCAUCAUGAUUAUUCUAUCCAUCAGUCACAUUUCUCAAAUAAUUACAUUCUUGAUGAUGAGGAGGAUUCACUUGAAAUACGUCAAUUUGCUGAGGAUAAUGGAAUUAUUGGUAAAUUGGGAAAGAAAGGCAAAGUCUUGGAAACAUAUGGUGAUGAUCUAUAUGUAAGAUCUGAUAUCCCUUUAUCAUUGGCAAAGAGGAGGAAUGUAAAGGAAGCUGUAUCUCUCGAUGAGCAAGAUGAUAAUGAUUUUAUGAACUCUAAUACUCAGCAGCAACUUGAUGACACCACAUCCUCUAAGAAAUGGGGAAAAAGGAAGUUGGAGGAUGACUUGGAUACUUUUGAGAUGGGAACUUUGGACCCACUUGAUGCAGAAGUCGAUGCAGAUGUAGAACUGGAACCCCAACCCCAGAAGAAGCCAUUUACUCUGAUUACGCCUACCGUCCAUUCUGGUUUCUCAUUCUCCAUUAUACAUCUUCUUUCUGCAGUUCGUAUGGCAAUGGUAACCCUGCUUCCAGAAGAUUCUUUGGAGAUUAGAAAGUAUCCAGAUAAAAAUGAUGAAGAACUGAAACCCAGGGAGGAGCAAGAUACCACACAAGGUAGCAAUGGAGUUUAUCUUCAUGAGGAAUUGGACAUCAAUAAAUCUGAGAAUUUUGUGCAACUGAAUGUCCCAUCUCUGACAGUUCAGGAGAUUGUGAACCGCCUGAGGUCAAACCCUGGGGAUCCUUGCAUUCUUGAAACUCAGGAACCACUUCAGGAUUUGGUCAGAGGAGUUUUGAAGAUGUUUUCAUCCAAGACAGCACCUUUAGGCGCAAAAGGGUGGAAGCCACUUGUAGUAUAUGAAAAAUCUACCAAAAGUUGGUCCUGGAUUGGUCCAGUUCCUCAUAUUUCAUUAGAUCAUGAAGCCAUUGAAGAAGUGACCUCUCCUGAGGCUUGGGGCCUUCCUUACAAAAUGCUUGUGAAAUUAGUUGACGCAUUUGCUAAUUGGCUUAAAAGUGGACAAGAGACCCUUCAACAAAUAGGAAGUCUCCCUGCCCCCCCUUCAUCAUUGAUGCAAUUUAAUUUGGAUGAGAAAGAAAGGUUCAGGGACCUAAGAGCUCAGAAAAGUCUGACCACGAUCACCCCUAGCUCUGAAGAAGUGAGAGAUUAUUUCCGCAAAGAGGAAGUUCUUAGGUAUUCCAUUCCUGACAGGGCCUUCUCUUACACAGCUAUUGACGGUAGGAAAUCAAUUGUUGCUCCUCUGAGAAGGUGUGGCGGUAAGCCCACGUCUAAGGCCCGAGACCAUUUUAUGCUGAAACGUGAUCGGCCACCUCAUGUGACCAUUCUCUGUCUUGUCAGAGAUGCAGCUGCAAGAUUACCUGGAAGUAUUGGAACCAGAGCAGAUGUUUGUACUUUGCUCAGGGACUCACAGUAUGUGGUGGAAGAUGUGUCUGAUGCACAGGUCAAUCAAGUUGUCAGUGGAGCUUUGGACCGUCUACAUUAUGAACGUGAUCCUUGUGUGCAGUUCGAUGGGGAAAGAAAGUUAUGGGUUUAUUUACAUAGGGAAAGAGAAGAAGAAGAUUUUGAGGAUGAUGGGACUUCAUCUACGAAGAAAUGGAAGAGGCAAAAGAAAGACAUUGCCGAGCCAUUUGAGCAGGGGACGGUGACAGUGGCUUAUCAUGGGGUUGGGGAACAAAGUGGAUUUGAAUUGAACUCUGAUCUCAACAUUGAGUCAUCAUGCAUGGAUGAAGAUAAGGGAAUGGAUCUUUUGUAUUAUGAUGGUAGUCAUAAUAUAGAGGACAAUGUUGAAACAAGUCAUGGUUCUGAACAAGGGGCAAUGCAGCUGGGGCGUCCAAUGGCUUGGGACUCACUUGGGUUGAGCUCUAUGCAAGAAACCAAGUUACUAUGUCAAGAGAAUUCUACUAAUGAAGAUUUUGAAGACGAAACAUUUGGCAGAGAAUCACAUGCUGAACUUCUAAGCACGAGCUUGUCAUGAGGCAUUGUCAAGGCAAGCCUUGUAAAUUAUACUUUGAUAGUGCGGAGGUGCACCACAUUCCUGGUUCCUGGAAAUUGAGGCAAUAUGUUGUUGGCCAGUGGAUAUUUCCAGCUAUAAGUUAUUAGUAUUAUCUGCUUUGAGAGUAGUAUCAAGAAAUAGUCCACCCACGUCAGUGGCACAGCCAUUUCCAUCAUCUCAUGGCAUUCCUUAUUCAUUGGAGGUGCAGCAGGUCACAUGUAAAUUGAUUUUUAAUUUUUUAGUACAAAAUUUGUAGAAUAGUAAUCCUUGUUGGGGCCCAAUUUGGUUUUGUGCACAAGUGGAUGCUCAUGCUUUUGCCUC